CUCAGUGGAAUUUCUCUCUUAAUUUAUCCUACAGUUCCUAUAACACUCUUAUUUUUAGAUCUGGGAUGAUUUCAUAGCUUUGUACAGGCCCUUAUAUGUUAUUUCCAUUCUGUGAAUGGGUUUUCAUCAUUCAGUAAACUGACACUCAGGUGAGCCUGUGGCCCCGCCCCCAGCGCACAGGAGCUCUCUGAUUGGCUGAUUCGAACAGCGCAGCCCACAAACACACAGCAGCGGAGAACAUGAGUAAGUCCCGAUAACUGGAGUACCAAGUGAAGAUUUCCACAAGGAAAAACGCUGUAAAUCAACACAAACUGCACAGACUUUCUGCUUGAGGACUCUACACCCUUCACUGUUACUGAAUGAAGAAGUGAAUAAUCUGUGAUCACAGUCAUGGCUGUCCAGACUGGCAUCCAGGUAUGGUUCGGCGAGAAGUUCGAUGCCCCGUUGCUGAGCCCCAGGAGCCCUCGCAGCCCGUUAGCACAGCGGCACGGCCCCGGCCUCGCAGACGUCUUCCAGUAUGACCAGUGGCUGGCAGUGCGACAUGAAGCCACCCUGGUGCCCAUGCAGGAGGAUUUGGCCAUCUGGCUCACCGGCAUGCUGGGCGAUGAGGUGAGAGCAGAGUUUUUCAUGGAGGAGCUGAAUAAUGGCGUGAAGCUCUGCCAGCUUAUCGGCGUGCUGCAGACUAAGAUCGCCCAGAGCUGCCCCUCUGCACUCUGCAAGCUGUUCCCCACAAGGAAGAUUGCAUGUAAGCGGGACGCCUCUCCAGGUUCAUUUUUUGCUCGGGACAACACCGCAAACUUCCUGGCCUGGUGCCGCCACGCCGGUGUGGAGGAGACCUACCUGUUUGAGUCAGAGGGCCUCGUGCUGCACAAGGAGCCUCGGCAAGUUUGUCUCUGUCUGCUGGAGAUCGGCCGCAUCGUCUCAAAGUACGGCGUGGAGCCUCCUGUGCUGGUCAAACUGGAGAAGGAGAUCGAGCUGGAGGAGACUUUGCUGUUAACAGAAGAGCCGCCUCCGGCCGUCAAAACCUUCAGCGUGUGCUGCCAGCACGGCGGCCUUUACCAACCCGGGGAGCACGGCAUGGACGAUCCACCCUGCAACUGCGCCAACAGAGUCUCCAUUGAGUACCUGUCUGAGGGACGCUACAGACUGGGGGACAAGACCCUCUUUAUUCGGAUGCUUCAUGGGAAACACGUGAUGGUGCGUGUGGGCGGUGGUUGGGACACACUGCGUGGCUUCCUGAUGAAGUACGACCCUCUGCGGGUGCUGCAGUUCACCACUCUGGAGCAGAAGAUCCUUGCCUUCCAGAAAGGCCCCCCCGGCCUCGGAGGUCACCACCAUGGCAACGCAGCUCCGCCCCCUCCUCCUGACAUGGACCCCCUCGCCGCCGUCAACAACCUCAUCUCCUCCACAUCCUCCUCUUCCUCCUCCACCUCAUCAUCUUCCUCUAGCUCCGCCUCGGCCUGUAAGCAGGCGUCCGUGACCGCUGCAGGUCAGACGUGUCGGUCCUACGCUGCCUCCCCGGCUUGCACGCCCACGCUGCCCAGAAAAGGUUCGGCCUCAGCGCCCAAGAAGAACCUGCAGGGGGCGCCGUCAUCCCCCAGGAAGCCCACCCAGCUGCCCCUGCCCACCACCACCACCAAAGGUUCCUCCUCUCUGCCCGCCACGCCGAGCUCCAAACUGUCUCCCAGCCCGGGGUGUCAGGGUGCGCAAGCCCACCGCAGAGCUCUGACUCCAUCCUCCGCUCCGUCACCUGUCCCUGCAGAUCCCAGCCCCGCCUCCAGCUCCGCCUCCAGACUGAAGCUCAGACCGUCACCACGCGGCCCCGCCCCUCAGCCCAGGAGCCCCGUGUGCCCCGAGCCGUCUUCCAAAUGCCCCAAACCCUCCUCCCCGAUCGCCACCUCCGUGCCUCGCCCCCUCACUGCACCCGCACGCGCGCCCACCCCUAAAGACGCCCGCCCCCCAACGGGCGCCAGCCAGCGCUCUCGCCUCGCACAGCGCCGCCCGGGCUCCCCGGCCUCACGCCUCCGUCUAGAAGCGGCCAGGCGGGUGCGGACGGCCACAAGAGCCGCAGCCGUGCCAACUCCCCAAACCCGGACCCCCAUCCCCAGCUCACGGACAGCCUCCCCGGUGCUGCCAAAACCUUCCUGCUCCCUGCCCAAGAGCAAAGAGGUCACAGCCAAAGCCAAGGGCCCGGCCCCGACCAAGGCGGCGGCCACGGCGUCGGCUGCUGCUGCUGCUGCUGCUCCACGCGUUGCUGCUGCUGCUGCCCCCGGGCGGGUCCCAGGGGGCAACACAGGCCCUUCUCCCGCCAGCAAAGCCAAUCAGAAAACACCAGCCACCACACAGAGGGCGGGGCGAAAGCAAGCGGCCACCACCAACCCCAUCAACACGAAGUCCUCUCUAAAACCUGAACCAGGACAAGCCCUGGCCCCGCUGAAAACCAGCCCGAACAUCAGAGCUGUCAAGACGGAGCCCAGCGUCAGCAAGAAGAUCCCACAGUACAAGGGCAAAAGUGAGGAUCCUUAUUUUGAAAUGAACAGUCGGAGGAGGCAGAAGACGUAACGGGCCGGUUGGAGAAGACUUCCCCAAAGCCAGCAGGCUGGACUCACAGCUUCUGUCACAAAGCAGCACUUGUUGGAGCUCACUUUUCUAACCCUCAUCAUAAAGCUUCUCAUUUCUUCACAAUUUAUUUUUGUCUUUACUUUUUUUUUGUUUGUUUGUUACAGAUACAUUUUUGUAUGUUAUUUAAUAGCCUUUUAUUUUUUUAUUUUGAAUCCAAAAGGGUCAAAGGUGUCCUGCUUCGUACGUCUUGUCUCUGUGGUGAUUUAACGGUCUUUUACGAGCGCUCAGCUAACCUGCUUAACACUAAAACUUGCACAAUGUUUACAUUUUCACUUUGGUUACAUGUACAGCCGUUACAAUGGUUUUGACUUUUAACUCAGAAAGGAUAACAUUUUAUAGAACAAACACUAACCUCAAAGCUUCUUUUAGCUCAACACAUCAUGCUAGGAUACAGCCAUGACUUAGUGAAAGGUUUUUAGGGGAACAUUUGCAGGAAAUGGAUCCGCUUUUAUUUGUGGCAAAGCAGCUCCUGAGCCUUUUUCUUUUCUCCAAUAGGUUACCAAAGUUGUGAAAUUUCUGGAGUUCAGUGACACAACUGGAACACAAAUCAUGGUUUCUGAUGAGUCUUUGUCCCCAGUGAGAACAUCCUUUCCACUGGUGGACAGUCAGACAGAAUACUUGUCUGAUUUUUGUAUAAAUGAUAUCUAGGUGGAAGGUUUGUCUCCAUGGUGCCGGACAAAGCGCCAUCAGGAGCGGACCUUCCCGUCAUGUGCCUUCAUCAGAAAUCUUCUGUUUCUGAGCGGCAUUAGAAUGUAUUGAUGAUGAGGGUGGGGGUGGGGGGUUAAUGGUUUUUACUGAUGAAUAUUGCACAGUGUGUACGAGCACUCAUGACUUUGGUUUCUGAGAGAAAAAGCCCGAGUCGCAGAUGAACUACUGAUCAAACGCCUCUUUUCUUUCUAACUCUGGAAACCCUUUUAGAGCUACUUGCUAUAGACGUGUUUUAUAUGGUUUCUAAUGUUUGUGUGUAUUAAAAAUCUAGUUUUCUAUGUGGUGUUUGUGUAUGUGUGAGUAUAUACAGUAUAUAUAUUAUCAGUGAGGCUUUUUUCUUGUUUGGCACUUUACAGAAACCGUCUGUUUGUCAGAAUUUGAAUGUUGAUUCUGUCGAUUGUGUCUCUUGUUCCAGCUACCUUUUUGUCAUUUUGAUUAAUAAAUGGACAAGUGUUUUAAAGAUUA